AUGAAUUCGGCUAAGAGGCUCGUUGCCCCGGGCAUGAGAGAAAUGUCUACUUUUCUGGCCCAUGGGAAUAGGGCGUCACUCGGAGGCUUGGAUGUGAAAAUUGGUGCGCCCGCAGGGGCUGGGGCCUGCAUUGGCGUCUGCUCAAGUGGGGCCAAACUGGGCAAUAAAAGUGGAGGGGAACGCAGGAGAAUGGAGAAGAAUGGACCCAACGGAGGGAGAAUGGCGCCAGUUCUGAUGGAGCCAAAUCGCACUCAGACCGCACAAAGUGUCCGUGAGGAAGUUUACUUAUUGGGAAUAGACGGUGGAGAACGCAAGAGACGCAAGUAUAGGCCGUCGCAAGUGAGUGUAUAG